GCCUGGCACCUGGGCACCUGGGCACCUGCCAGCCUGCCAGCCUGCCAGCCUGCUGAAGCUUCUCACCCACCGCGAGUGUGCAGGCUCGUUUGCGUGCGGAAGAGGUAUGCCAUCUUAGCACAGGCUCACCUCGCAACAGCUGCUCGCCCGCCCCGCCAGAGCCGCCCUCCUACCGCCCGGUACCUAGGUGACCAUCCGGCCUGGCCUCUCGCCUGGCACCUCGCCUGGCACCUCAUGGGCGAGCCCUGCUGAGCUGCACGUACCCACGUACCCACGUACCAGCCGUACCCACGCAUCCACGUAUCCACCUGCCGUGGGCAUGCUGAUGCAGGACAGGCAGGUCUUGAUCAUGGAACGGGUCGGCAGGUCUAGGGCUUAACACCGGGCUGCCUAGGUGGGCUGGCUGGCUGGCUGGCUGGCUGGCUGGCUGGCUUUCCCUCUUGUACCACACCACGGUUGACCGAUGCGACCCAAGCCUCCAAGUCGGCAUGAUCCUGGGUCCACGGUAAAAGACAGUCCAUCCCACCCAUCGCAGCUCUCUUCCUUCUCGAGUCCCUGCCUUCUCGACGUGCAACCGUGUAACCUAGCCCGAAGCGCCCCCCCCCCCCCUCCGCUGCCUCCGCCUCCACCUGUCAACCUUGACGCUCACCUUGGACCACCGGCUGCUUUUGACUUUCCUCAGUAUCCGUCAACAGGUAGACCCAAGCUUGCUCGGGCCCACGCCCUUGUGCCCUGAUCAUACAUACCACGCACGUCUGCCAUGCGACUUGAGGCUGCCGCUCCGCCCAGGCCGCCUUCUUCCUAACUCUUCGCUUUUUCGCCGCUUCCCCCAUCCAGCACUGUCGGCACUGUCGCAUGUGACCAAGACGGGCUCGGAAGCGACAAGGGCCACGGCCUGUCUUCGAGAGGAAAAUCAAGAAUGUCUCGUGCCGGUUUCAGCAUCCGCAAACUCAUCACCCAACGGCGGACAUGGCCCGACUCCGACAGUGACAAUGAAGAUGCCUUCGAGUGCUCCAGCGCCAAGACGAUCCGCGUCCAAUAUGAACUGGAGCAGUACCAACAGCAGCAGCUGCAAAAGGAGCUACGCCAUGCGCACAAGGGGCGGUCGUCCUGGAUGAGCAGCAACUCAUCGCCGAGGCGCAAGACCUAUAGGAAGGUUCCCAAGCCCAUCGUCGUUGUCGGCCACGGGAGCACUGGUCUCACGGCGCACGGCGGCAGCGCGAGCAGGAGGAUCUCAACCCCUUUGCCAGCAUCCGCCCUGUCCGGUGUCCUGAGCCCCGCGACCGCGCACUCGCACUCGUACUCGCACUCCUCCGAUGGCUCCUUGUCUAGCAGUGGUGAUGACUGCGGCCAGCGCUAUCACCGUCAUCAACGGCAUCAUUCCGACUCAAAGGCAGCCCCGUCUGCCGUGGCCACACCCUCAAAGCCGCGCCUUUCAACCCCAACCAUGACGGCUGGGUGGGUCAGUCCACGCGCCGGUUCUCUUUGUCCAGUGGCGACGCCAACCCGGGCGACAAAGAAAUCGUCACACGAGGGUCGUUCAUUCCUGGACCUGGCGGAUACCGUCUCACCGAGCCCCGGGUCGGCCUGUGGUGACCAGGAUAGGACAUCACUUCCACAACCAACACCCACCACCAACAAAAGCCACACCUUACACGUCAACAAGACGCCCACCACCGUCAAGGCACCUAUCGGUUCUGCUGCUGCCCCCGCAGACAAGGAAUUCGUAAUUGUGCACGGCCACCAACGACGGAGCCCUCGAUAUGUCAAUGGCACCGAGUCAUACACCCUGAAGCCGCCCAUGAUGCAAGAUGCCAAGGACAGGCAGGUGGUCGCGGACGGGGGGGUACCAAGGGCUGUGCAAGGCCCCUCGAAAGUAUCAGGUGAUGACGAAAAUACCCUUGAGGGGCUUCUUGAGGGCAAGGAUUAUCAUGACUGCGACCACCUGCCCGAUAACGUGCAACAGUUGAUCUGGGAGACGGAUGAGGCAUUCAAAGCCGUCGGCACGGCCCUGGCGGAAGCUAGGCUCGCUUCCCAGUCCCACCCCCAGUCCAAGGAGCUGCAGGAACAGGUGAACCAGCUGCAGAGGGCAUCGCAGGCAUUGCAGAUCCAGACCAAGAGCCUAGACAGCACCCUGACGCAGACACUGCCGCAUACCACAUAUCAAGCGCCGGUGUCCCGUGUCCGAAAGGAUUCCGCGGUAGCGUCUCCCAUCUCUCCCACGCCCGGUCGUGGGAGCAUAACCUCGUUCCCAAGAAAGAACAAGUCUUCCCCAGUGUCGUCUUCGGACAAUAUGCUCCGAUCUCCCACCCAUGCGAGCUCUAUCAAAAAGGCCAAAAGGAAAUCCCCCUCGAGACCCAGGACACCUCGUUCAGCAACUACCCCAACACCGACAACGUCAGCCUGGCCCGACACACCGGCACCGACUUCAAAAGCAAGCACGUUCGGCCCGUCAGCAUCUGGCGCAGAAAGCCAUGGCAGCACGGCUCAGCGCCAGCAGAACUCGUACCGCUCGCUGUCUCGGUGGAACCUCAAGGCAGACAAUGUCACUGAGAAGCUGUUCAACGGGUCGCGCGGCCGUUUUGGCUUCCACAAGAUUGAAGCUGACGAGGUCGUGACGCCCGGUCAGGUCCAGCAGUACCGACAGAGCAGAAUCGCGAAGGCUCAGGCCGAGGCUCAGGCCGAGACGAGGAGAUCAAAUUCCAGUGAGUCCCUGCGGAGCACUGCUGGGGGUGUUGGUGGAGCCGUUUCCGAUGGAAACGGUGUGAAGACACCUGUCGAGCCAUUCCAUCUGCAGGACUUGCCAUCGAGGGUCGGGAAUGCGGGUGCAAGCCUGGGAGUCCUAUCCCCUGUGGCCGAGGUUAGCACACCGAGCUCUUCUACCUUUGACCUCGACACGGACUCGUCGCGCAAGUCAAACCAGACUGAGCCAAACACGCCCACGACAGCCACGCAGCAUCCAAGACAAGAGCAGACACCACUGGCAACACCUCCCCCAACCCCCCCACAGCCGUCACCCAACGCUCCUGCCGCACGUUUCCAGACGUCGCCUGGGGCGUCUCCGGAAGAAGACACUACCACGUUCUUCAAUAGCCAUUCAUUCCCAGACCCGCCGGUUAAGGAGGCAGCACAAAGGCCCACACACAAGCGGGGGAACUCAUCAAGUUCGCGCGUCCCCAUCCCCCCUACUAUCCCUGAAGUGCGCAUCACGUCGCCCCCAAGCCAGGACCGCGACCCAAAACCUCAGAAUGGUCGCAGGCCAUCCGAGAUGCAUAUGGAUCAGCCGAGCCCGCGGCUGAGCCCCGCGGAUACGCCCAGUUUUGAGGAGGACGACGAAUACUUGUUUUUCAAGUCAGCGCCAUUCACUCUGACCAUGCCAUCCUUUGAACACGGGCGUAUCCGUCUCGCCAAGGCCGAUCUCGUCAACGCCGGGACGAUCAACUCCCUCGAGUCGAAGCUGCUGUCCUCGCCCGACGAGACGCUUGACUGGACGGCAUUCCAGAUGGCCAUCCUGGGAGGCGCUGGGGACUUCUUCAGCGACCCUAGCGACUUCUGCGCCCGUGACGCUGAAGAGGAGCUGGUCGAUGAUCUUUGUGACUGGCUGGAGGGCUUUGGGCUUCCCACGGACGCUAUGGGGGCGCUGGUCAAGGCGGAAGAAAAGGCGCCGACAAUGAGCCCAAUCAUGCCUUAUACCCCAGCGCAUGUGUCGGCCAUCAACCCGCCCGGGUCGGGCAGCCGGUCGUUCCACGACCCGUCCCGCAACCACAGCAUCAACCAUAUUGUCAACGGAAGCAGCUCUUCGUGCUCGGGCUCCGCGCGGUCGAGCGGUGAGGUGAGCGAGGGCGUCCAGGAGAUGCUGCAGGCGCAGAGUAUGCCGAUCCCGAUAAAUUCCGAGCACCCGUCGGGGUUCUGGAACACGCGGCCGUUCGAUGCCGCCCGAUUCUAUACGGGCGGCGGUAUCAAGAGGUGGACGCUCGAAGGCCACCCGAAACGAUACCAGGGCCCGGGCAUCGAUGUGGACAAGGCGAAUACGCUACAGCGCGGGGGUGCCGAGCCAUCGCUUGAGGGCGAGGAGGGGGGCCGAGUCAAGCCGAGGGAGGGCGUAGACAGCCUCCCGCAGAGCCCGAUGCUGGACCUCGUCAUGACGACCGGCGUAGACGGCAGCAAGGAGUAUGUGCCCAUGGGCUACAACCUCGGGCACGACCUGGGUGACUUCCUGAAGUGGGAGUCGGAAAACGUUUAUGCGUUCUAUGGGUCUGAUUAAAUGAGAAAGGCAGUGGAAUAGUGGCAAGACGGGGGGGGGCGGGUAAUCCUGACAGACCAAGAUUUGUCUUGACGGCAUCCUGGCUUCUUUUCUGCCCUGGCGUUACCUUCGUUCUACGGAACACAGGAACAUGAGCGCGGGGAGUCGAGGACUGCCCAUGCCAGACAAUCCUAAGAGGAGACGGCUUGCAUAGCAUGGUGUUUGUGUCUUUUUCGUGUCUUUUUCUUUGAUUUUCCCCGCUUCUCUCGUUUGUUGUAUAGCUCGGUCGGAGCGGGAGCAUCUGGGGGAAUUAACACAGCCGGUAGACCGUUGAUCAUAGUUAAUUUGCCACAACAGCACCUUUAUAAACAAACAGCACAGCAAGACGAGAGCGACACAGGACCCGAGCAGAAAGCGAGGCAGCCAGCAAGCCCCGGCCAAUGUCUGCAUCACACGUCUUCUCUCGUGGCCGUGCCCGCUCAGGUCUGAGAGCAGCAUGAGCAGGCGGCCGCCAGGGAGGUCACAAGCUGCCUUACUAAACGGCCUGAGCCAUGCCCCGACCGCCGCCGGCCGCCCACAGGUCCAG